CAACAGUAUGGGCGGGGGGAGGAAAUCAAAGUCCGGAACGGCCGUGGCUCCCAUCUUCAAACCCAGGCCGGACAAAGAGGCGCCAGGCAUGCUUAGCCAGCAGGCCUCAGACUCCGACUCUGAGACCAGCACAACCAGCCACAAAGUGGAUGCACCAUCAGCACCCCUCACUAAAAGAGACCUGAAGGACAUGCUGACAGAGAUGAAAUCACUGGUGGCAGAGGAGCUGACAAAACACCUGGCCCCACUCAAGGAAGGACUCACAGACCUCACCAAGCGGACGCAAGCGCUAGAAAACAAAAUGGAGGAGGUAACAGCCACCACCUCCACCCACGAAGCCUCCAUAAAAGAGCUACAGGAGCAAUUCACAUACCUAGAAGACAUGCAAGAAGAUCUCAAUAACAGGUCCAGGCGUAAUAAUAUCCGCAUCAGGGGGUUACCAGAACCCUCAACGCCCGAAGCACUCACUGCCAUACUCCAUGAAGCCUUCAGCAGCCUGCUUCCUGACGCCCUACCAUCAGACCUCCUCCUAGACAGAGCCCAUAGGGCCCUCCGACCGCCCUCCUCGAGCCCCACACAGCCUCGAGACAUCAUCAUCCGCUGUCAUUACUUCCACAUAAAGGAAGCGAUAAUGCGGGCGACAAGGGAGACCCCACUACAAAUAGAAGGUCAUACAGUACAACUCUAUCAUGACCUAGCACCCACCACCCUACGAAAACGGAGGGAGCUGAAACCCUUGACCCAAGCCUUACAAGCACAGGGGAUACGCUACUCCUGGGGUCAUCCCUUUAAGCUAAUGGUGCGACACAACAACCGCACUUUCACGCUAACUAAACCGUCGGAGGCCCGAGACUUUGCUGCACAACUAGGCAUCAGCGACCUCAACGGAGCACUGCACACAGCAUCACAACAGCCUAUGCCACAACGCCGACCGUGGGACCCGCAGCCUCAAAGAGACCGCACCAGAGGACAACGCUCUUCACAGACCUACGCCUAAACCCAACGACUGGAGCCGUGACCGCACCCCUACUUCAUCCACGACCCACAAGAUCUACACCACAGCAUAUUCCGGCACCCCGGCACCAGAUGACAACCGAAUCAACACACCAGCAGUGCAUGGACUGCCUCUAAGGGGCCCGGGGUGAUACCGGAGAUCUGCAGACCUCAAUGAUCGCGCCCACCGCUGGCACAGUUCACCGCCGGGCUCCCCUCCACCUGACCCUGGACCUGUUGCCCUCCGGCAAGACCACGUGGCAAGCCGGAAUGCUGCACCGCUCCCCUCGGCAGCACCGGGAGAGGACUCCCCCCGAGGGUUGUUCACUCCCCAGCUCACAAGAUGAAGUGCCACAUGAACUCAACUGACACUGGGCGCACAGUAAGACCCACAAUGGGACACUCUGGGCCUGGGUGCGGGGAAGGGCGGUGGGGAGGGGGGACUGUUGGGGGCCCCGGACCCCGGGGAAGGAGUGCACCCUAGGAGGCGCUCGGGACUGGUCCCUUAGCUUGACGACGGCCGCGGGGUUGGGGGCGCCUUGGGCCCCGCGCCUGGGGGGGGGUGGGCGGCCCCAGUGGCCUUCCGCUCCCUUCCCCUGGCGGUGGGGGCCCGGCGGUCCUGGCUCCGUGGAGGGGGGAGGCCCCAGGGGAAUACAAGAUGAAGCAUUGUCCUCGAGUAUUGUCGCUACACACAAGGGGAGCGCCCAACAUCUGGGGACGAGUUGCGGGAGGGAGCGGACGGCCUGGGGCCCUGGCGGCCUUCCCCCCCCCCCUCAUUGGGGCGGGGGGGGUGGCGGGCCGUGACGGCUCCACAGCCGGAGGAAAGUGCAUGCUGAAAACCCAUAGCUCAUAACCACUCUUGCUGUGCCAGACGAUAUCCCAUAGAGGAACCACACUUACUGGAGCCCGACCCAUGCACCACACUAACAACACCCACACCAACAGAAUUACUAACACACCACUCAACAAGACCUAAAAGACGAUAAGGGGUGCGGCUCGACAUGUAAAUAGUUCAAGCAGGACUCAGGAGAUCAGCCCCCACCUACUCCUCAACAUCACCUAACCCCAUGCCCUCACCCCCCUCCGGCCCUGGACACUUGGAGGGAGGAGGCAGGGAUCGGGGGAAAACCUGACUCCCACCUGUUGCAUCCUAAGUUGACCCCACCUAAGUUCUGUUAUAAGUUACGACUGCCCAAACGAAACAGAAAAUUGCCUGCCACAUGCCCUGAAGUAGACGACCACCUCUCCCCCCGCGACUAGACCAGUACCGCCGGCCUUGGACCCUCCAGGCCCGAGAGACCGCGGACAACACAGUCCACCCUUGCUGGCAACCGUAGUAAGCCCAGCAAACCCACCCUCUACCCCACUUCACCCGCCCCACUAAGUCCCAACGCUGCCCUCUGGGGACCACCUGGGCUCCAAAACCCCCUCUUGACCAUAGUACCCCUCUUCCACAAGUCACGCUCUACGAGCGAUAUAACCCGUACCAUGCCACUUAAUCUACAUUGUGUCUCCAUAAACGCUAAAGGCCUCAAUAACCCUAAAAAACGACACUCCCUUCUACGCUGGGCUCACGGCCAAAAAGCGGACAUCCUUAUGAUCCAAGAAACCCACUUCACCCCCCAUAAACACUUCCCACUCAAGAACAAACACUACAACCGCACCUUCCUCGCUAACUCGCCGGAUGCAAAAACCAAAGGGGUGGCCAUCAUACUCAAAUCAUCAUGCCCACUGACCGACAUCCAGGCCUUCCCGGACAAACACGGGAGGUACCUCACACUCACCGGCAGAAUAGGCCCCACGACCUACUCCAUCUCCUCCCUAUACGCCCCUACAACCCCUGAACCACUGUUCUGGCAAACAUUCUCCGCCCACCUAACAGCACACAGUGCCACAUUCACCAUCAUAGGCGGUGACUGCAAUGCCACACAUCAACCAACCCUGGACCGCACUGCCAGGCCCCGGAAUGAACCACGAUCCUCCGUAAACGACACCCUCUUCUCCAAUUUUCUAAAUACACACACCCUAUUAGACAUCUGGAGAGCCCAACACCCGUCAACCCUAGACUUCACAUACUACUCCCACCCCCACAACACCUACUCCCGCAUUGACUACUUUCUGGUUUCUCCAAACGUCACCUCGCGAAUCACACACACAUCCAUUGGUCACAUCACCUGGUCGGAUCAUGCCGACAUCUCCCUAACCCUCUCCAUCCCAAACAUGUUACGCCCAUGGACAUGGAAACUCAACUCACAACUUCUUCAAGACAAACUAGUGACCAUAUCCAUUGCAAAAGACAUCACAGAAUACUUCACCCUAAAUGACCCCUCUGUAUCCUCCACAAUCACGUUAUGGGCGGCCCAUAAACCGGUAAUAAGGGGCAAAUUGAUAGCUCUAGCGACUGCACGUAAAAAACAACACAACAAACUAUUAAUGGAAACCAUAACCGAAAUAGGCCGACUAGAAACCCUCCACAAACGCAACCCGACCCCUUUACACCUUGAACAACUCACAACAGCCAGGUCCCUGCUCAAAAGCCUCUCUCUUGCAGCUACCACUAAAGCUCUAGCAUGGACCAAACAAAAAUACUACGAGAAAAGCAAUAAAGCAGACUCCAUGCUAGCAAAGCGCCUCAAAAACUUGACCGAAACAAAGCGUAUCACAAAAAUCCGCACUUCAAACGGUGCGAUGAGCGACAUACCACACACGAUAGGGGAAGUCUUCCGACACUACUUCACCUCUCUAUACAACCAUACCCCAGAUCCCCCAACAGAAUUGAUCCAAUCCCAAACGGAUAACCUCCUUAGGAGGCUCUCCCUCCCCUCCCUCACCGAAGACGCCAGAUCGAGGAUAGCAGCAGACAUCUCUCCAGAGGAAAUAAUAGCGGCAAUAAAGACCCUGAAACCUAAUAAAAGCCCAGGCCCCGACGGGUUAACGGCCAUCUACUAUAAAUCCUUCGGGGACAUACUUACACCCAGACUAAGCAAAGUCUUUAAUGCGAUGCUACAAGGGGAGCCACUACCCGCUGACAUGACACAAGCUAACAUCACUCUCUUACCCAAACCAGGAAAACCCCACGACGAACCAGGCCACUACCGCCCCAUUUCCCUCCUAAACAUUGACCUAAAAAUACUGACCAAAG